AUGUAAAAGCAUAGCUCUAUUCAUCCCUACACGACAAGCAUAGCUCUUUCUCUCUCUCUCUCUCUCUCUCUACUGUCAUCACUCUUAACCUUUUGCGGAAAACGCCGUCGUUUCCAGCUACACAUCUUAUCCUCUCUCUCUUCGAUCUACAACUCUGCUACUAUCAUUUUUCUUUUUUGUUCCCAUUGAUUCCAAAAUCGGAAAAACAAAUUACUCACGUUUCCGUGUUUGGAUUUUUGUAUAUAUUCACACAUAUAUCAGUGUCGUCUGGUCCGAUUUUCACUUUUUGGAAUUAACUUUUUUCCAUUUUCAGAUUAUAUUCCAUUGAUGGUGAUUUAUCUCGAGAUUUCCAGGAUCUCUGUAUUCCUCUCUUCACUAGUCCUUUAAUAGUAAGAAAAAAACUUCUCAGAAAACUGAGAAGCUCAAAUGGGAUUGCAGCUGAACGUCGUCGUUUUAUCUGCGCUGGCUAUGCUAACCUGCGCCCCGUGGCAGGCUUUUUCUCAGCAAAGUCGGCUUUUGGUGGGUAUGACUCUGGUUCGGAACGCUUCGGCUCUCGGAGCUCUUUGCUUGGACGGGAGUUUACCGGCGUAUCAUUUGCAUAGAGGAUUUGGAGCUGGAGCGAAAAAUUGGCUUCUGCAAUUUGAGGGAGGUGGGUGGUGUAAUGAUGUAAAUUCAUGCUUGGAGAGAGCUAAUACGCGCAGAGGAUCAACACGUUACAUGACAAAGUUUGAGAUUUUCUCUGGAAUCCUAAGCAACAAUGCUUCUCUUAAUCCUGAUUUUUACAAUUGGAACCGCGUCAAGCUAAGAUAUUGUGAUGGAGCCUCUUUUGCUGGAGAUGGGAUAUUUGACAAUGGGACAUCAUUGCUCUAUUUCAGAGGUCAAAGGAUCUGGGAAGCUAUCAUUCUUGACCUUCUACCUAAAGGUCUAGGACAGGCUCGUAAGGCUCUUUUAUCAGGAUGCUCUGCUGGGGGUUUAGCUUCCUUUUUGCAUUGUGAUAACUUCACCAAAUAUUUACCAACAAAUGCCACUGUAAAGUGCUUGAGUGAUGCUGGUUAUUUUCUUGAUGAAGUAGACAUUAGCUUGAAUCGCCCCAUGAGGUCUUUAUAUAAAGAUAUAGUUUCUCUACAGGGAGUAGAGCAAAAUCUGGACCAGAACUGUACCAAAAACCUUAAUCUUCCAGAGUUGUGCUUUUUUCCUCAGUACGCGUUGAGAUUCAUUCAGACACCAUUUUUUGUUUUGAACUCAGCAUAUGACGUAUUCCAAUUCCAUCAUGGGUUGGUGCCGCCUUCUGCUGAUCCUCAUGGUCAUUGGAACCGUUGCAAACUUAAUCCUGCUGCAUGUGAUGCUAACCAGACAGCCAUAUUGCAAGAUUUCAGGCAUGAUAUGAUUGUUACUCUAUACUAUUCUUUCUCCCAAAACUCAAGAAGAGAUGGGAUGUAUAUUAAUUCAUGUUUUGCUCAUUGCCAAAGUGAGACGCAAGAUACAUGGUUUGCGGUUGACUCCCCAAGAGUACACAAUAAGACGAUUGCAGAAGCCGUUGGAGAUUGGUACUUCGGCAGGAGGAUAACCAAGGAAAUAGAUUGUGCUUAUCCAUGUGACACUACGUGCCAUAAUCUUAUUCCUUAAUCCUUAGGCUCAGAUGAAAAUUCGGGGCUUAAGUGGAACAGAGUAAAAAAAAAAUUCUCAUCAAGAUUCUUUUAUUCUCUAAAACUGAUUCCCUGAAGCAGCUUAUCAGUGAAGUAAAGGGCUAAAGGCUACUAGGAAGAAGCAUUGGACUUGGAUUCUUGGAAAAGAACAGCAAAACACACUGAUUCAUACCUAUUAAUACUACUAAAGUUAGGAAUAAAAUAAAGAAGAAAACUACAUGUAUCGCAUAUUUUUAUUCUUUUAAGAUAAAGAAAGAAAACCAAAAUUAAAGCAAUAGUCAAUAUGUUUACAACUGCUCUGCAAACAUUAUUUAUUACAUCAUUGGACUAGUAUGUCCUACAUUCCUUUGCUGAUCA